UCACAGCAACUAUUAGCAACGAAUCUGGCUUCUACAUUUUUCAAUCGCAACUACAGCAACUAUUAGCAAAUGAAUCUGGCUUCAGUGCUUGCCAAUUACAACAACCAUCACAAGCACCAACCACUGAAUCUGGAAUAAUAUUUAAUUUUACGGAACAUAAGAUUGCACCAUUAUGUAAAAGGAAAGGAAUUAAAGAUAAAGAAUCUGAACUUCCAAAUCUUGCUACCAGAAAUAAUAUCUUAUUCUAUGAAUAA